AUGGUGGAGGAAGGGAAAGGCGUGGAGCCCUAUGACGUGAUUCUGAAAGCGCCCUUUCCGAACAUCGAAGUGCUUCGAUGGGCUCCCGGAACGAUGGGAGCACCGGGGUUACCGGGCUUACGAGCCAUACCCGAUGAAAGGCCUCAUUGGUUUACCACAGACAACCGCAGGCUCUACGUGCUUCAGAGGGCGGCUGCCAAGCUUUGGCCCAAGAAAGCGGGCGUCAAAGUAGAUUUGCUCUUUGCGGGAGACAGUGAGCUUUUUAAGAAGUACAACUCCUCCACCGCGGGCUUGUUCGCCUCCAUCAGUGAUUCCGGAGUGGUCAGCGAUGUUUGCGAAGAGGUUUGGGACUGGAUGAGGGCCGUCACUCCCCGUGAUGGCUCCGUGGACAUGGCCUUGGAAGAAGCCGCGCACAAGCAGGUUCUUCUUGAUGAUGCUUCAGGCACACUCGAAGAACUAGUGAGCGUUCCCCAGGACCUGCAGGGGUCUGCGAUCCAAUCCUAUGUGUGCUCUGCCAAAGAGCAGAAAGAGCAGAAAGAGCAGCAAGCUGACAGCCUGGAUGGCCGAGAUGCAGACGCAGAUGCCACUGCAAGCACCUCAAGCACCUCAAGCACCUCGAGCACCUCAAGCAGUGUGCAGCUGAGCAUCCCCAGCAUCCCGACCACGACCACCACGACCGUCACCGCCAUGAAGGGCACGAGGAAGAGCAAUGAGAAGAACUCCGGUGAGGACACCUCCUUGAAGAAGACCGCGAGGAGAAAUGACAGGAAUGACAGAAACGGUAGAAACAAAGGAAAGGAUGAGUCAGCGUGGCAGUGGCCCAGUCUUGCGGAGCACUGGCGCGAUGUCUCAGGUUUGCUUGAGGGCAGUUGGAGAGGGCCAAAGGGUGAGACUUACACGAUGCAUUUCGGGGAGCCUUCAGAUGACGUGGUUCCCGGCCACUGUAUCAGAUGUCAGAACUCCAAGGAGAAGACUUUCUCUGUGCGAUACGAAUAUGACAGCUGCCUCCUUUUCUGGGGUACAGGCCACAAGUUCUGCUUGGACCCUGAGGAACUCCGGGUAACGUCCAGGAAAGCCCGCUGGUACCUCGCCGGGAAAGAGGAUCCUGAGUUCGAGUGGGUGCUUAUUGGGGACCUGCCUCCUGAAGAAACGAAGCGGGUUGCCAGCGGCAAGGCAGGCAAGACGGGCAAGACGGGCAAGACGGGCCAGAGUGCCGCCAAAGACGAAGCAAGCCAUCCCCGGCCGCGCAGGCGACGUUUGAAGCAAGGCCCAAUGUGCAGGCUGCCUAGGCCCUAG